GUGGACUUAAAAAGAGGGCUGGGUAUAAGUGGGCGGACGGGUAGUUUCUUAUGUUUGUGCAUUUAGACUCGCAGCUUGGAAUUAGGGUCACUGACAGCAGGAGGAAUAGGACCUGAAAGAGACACACAGCCAUUUAACAAACAGUCACCAUGCUGAUUCUCGUCGGACUCUCGGUUCUUCACGUCGCAGCCAUCAUCCUCCUGUUGGUGGCUACCAUUGACAAUGCCUGGUGGGUAACUGAUACCAUGCGCACUGAUGUGUGGGGCCGGUGGAUCUGGUUCAACAAUAAGUGGAAUCAUACUGAGCUCCCAAAUAUCCCUUCCUACCCAUCAGAUUACCUCCAGGCAGUGCAAGCCACCACUGUACUUGCCUGUAUUUUCUGUAUCAUUGGCCUCUUUGUGUUUCUUGCUCAACUCUUCACCCUCCCAAAGGGACAGAGAUUCACCAUCUCCGGCAUCUUUCAAAUCCUUGCCUGUCUGUUCAUCAUGAUCGCAGCCUCCAUCUACACAGACCGCUUCCAUGUCAAUGAGCCUGAAGGUAAUUACGGCCACAGCUACAUCCUGGCGUGGAUCGCCUUCGGUUUGACGUUCAUCUCCUCCAUUGUUUACUUUGUGCUACGCAAGAAGUAGCAUGGAGCAACCUGGACACUAGAUCACACUCCACCUAAUGUGCUUGUUUUUUGGACAGAUCUACUCUUUCAACUAAAAUCCUUUUUUAAUUACAUUUAAGCUGCUAGUGUAAACACAACAGACCUGUGGAUAUUCUCAUAUACAUUUAAUGUUUUGACCGAGUCUGCCUUCUGAUGGUGCUUCAGAUUUACAUCUGAAACAGGAGGCAAACUCAGUCAGUCGCAGUCAUAUUUAAGUAUAUUUUCAGCCCAGCGUCAGGCUAGCUUACUUCAGGGCAUCUAAAGAUACUUUUGUUUAAGCUGAACAGAGAAAGCCUUCAUGUUUAUGAGAGGCGAUGAUUAAUUAAGACGUCAACAUUUUAUGAUGAGGGUACAAAUCAAAUAUUUAAUGAUCCGCUAAUGUGUGUCAGGAUCAUCAAGCAUAAACUGUUUAUAAAUUGCUUUUUUUCCCUCUGUAAUCAAGAUAGUAAGUCACUAUUUAUAAGAGAUCAUUAAGUAUUUGAAUGGCAGUAAUAUAAUGUCUUACCAAAUAACAUCAAUAAAUUUUCAAGUUUGAAGAGUUAAAUCUGUGGUUAUUUUUUAAAUGUACUUUUACAUAUAUGGAUAUGUAUGUUACAGAAGAUAAAAAGAGUUUUCUGUUAUCCUCUUUCAUGUUUUUACUUUAUGUUGUUGUUAGUUUAUCAAUAUUUUUUCUUCUCUAUAAAAAAAAAUAUCUUUCUUCAUAAGGCUAAACUAAUAUGAUCCAAAAGACCGUUAAGGUCAUGCCAUCCAAAAACAUCAUAGUUGCAUUUAUAUUGGAUUAAAACAUAUUUGUUAUUAGGAAGACAAAAUAUUCUGCAUGACAAGUAUCUGCCCUGAAAGAAAUGGCUCCACAGAAUUAUGAUGGUUUUUAAUAUUUAAAGCAUAUCUACUCUAAAUUCUAAAUAACAUAUUAGUAAAAUCAAACUUAUUUUCCGAUUGUAAAUUCAUCACAUUACAAUCUCUUCAUACGCUUACAUUAGCUGUGUUCACCUAAAGGCAACUGUUUUAAUAAUGAAGCAUGAGACAUAAUGUGUAAAUAGGAUUUUUUCCCAUGAAGCUCUGUAUGUCUGAUGAUUAUUUUUGCUACGUAAAUGAAUAAUAGUGAUUUUUGAAAAAAUAAAACUUCAUUUUCAUUCA